GGGAAGGGACGAGGACCGUGUCAUAAAAACUCUACAAUGUCUUCUAGUCAAGGAAUGGGAAUGAUACAUAAAAAUUUCAUGGUUCUUGAGAAAGAGUAUAUGCAAACUAAUAGUCCAUUGCUUCCAUCCACUGAUCAAUUUAAGCAAUCCACCCAAAAAGUUGAAAUAAGUGCUAUAGGGACAGGAAGACGAAAAGGGCUUAAAAACUCUACCAUGUCUACUUGUCAAGGAAUGGGAAUGAUACACGAAAAACCAUGGUUCUUGAGGAAGAGCAUAUGCAAAACGAGGCGGAAUCUUUCCACAAGAAUGCUAUUUAUGCUAAUCAACGUAUGCAUACUCCUUCUAAAAGCACAAGAUCAAAUUCUGCAACGGAUAAAAACCCCUUGAUUCUUGAGAAAGAGCAUAUGCAAACAAAUAUUUCAGUGCCUCUAUCUACUGAUCAAAUUAUGCAACACUCCCAAACAACUGAAACAAUUGGUUCAUAUAAUCCUAGGAAAGUAAAAAGAGUUCGAGGGAGGAACAAGUGCAAAGAAGUUGCAUCACUUGAAGUUGGACAAAAGCUGAAAUUAACUUUUUACAAUAAUCGAACGGUUGGAACGAACAACAAUCUGUUUUUGAGGCACUUGGGAAGAAUGGUUCGUGACCAUAAUAUAUGUCCAUUGGGAGUAUCAUCGUGGAAUUACAUUAAGCAAGAAAAGUUGAAUCACAUGUGGGCAGCUGUUGAGGAUAAGUUUGAGAGUGUGGACAUGAAUGAUCAUCGUGAUCAUAUCUUCGAAUGGAUGAAAGAGUUAUGGAACAAAUGGAGAGGAUACUUGCAUGCAAACUAUGUGAAGAAUAAACCAAUCCAACAGGCUCUUAAGAAUAUUCCAAAGGGAGUAGACAAGAAAGAAUGGGAGUGUUUAGUAAAAGAACAUUUUACUUCAGAAAGUUUUCAGGCGAGAAGCACCAGGAAUGCAGCAAAUCGAGCUAAGUUGAAGAUGCCUCAUCAUAUUGGUAGCAAGCCUAUUCGAGAGAUUAUUUAUCAAAAGGCGGGAAAUAUGGCAAUCCACGAGAUUUGGGGACAGUUUUCUUUGAGACUCGUAAGAAAGAUAACAAGCUUAUUGAACCUGAAGAAAUUGAAAAACAUAUCAAAGAUAUGAUUCAAUCAGAGCCAUCUCUAUCUAGCAUAGAGAUUGUACAAAAAUGUUAUGGCCCUCAAACUCGUAGCCAUGUGUUUGGUUUUGGCGGUGGAGUAAAGGCGAAAGACUUGAAAGGUGGAACUUCUUCAAAGGCUGAAUUAUUGUCUGCGCUACGAUCAACUCAGGAGGAAAACAAAUCCUUGAAUGAGAAAAACAAGUCCUUGAAUGAUCGCUUGUCUGCCUUAGAAGAUGAAAUGAAAGAAAUUAAGAAAAUGAAAGAAUUAUUUACUGCUCAACAGUCAUAUGUCCAGCCUAUGACAUCGCCUGUUUCAUCCGAAUGACCACUGUUUUUGUCUACUGAUCAAGCUCGAUGAUUUUGUUGGACAACACCUAAUGAAUUUAGAUUGCUUUUGGGGCUCGAUGAUUUUGUUGGAUAACACCUAAUGAAUUUAGAAUGCUUUGGGGUUUUGAAGAUCAAAGUUACAAGUCAAGAUGCAUUAUUUUGCUAGAAAUAUUAUGUAGAACUCAAUAUAAUAGUCUAGCUCGGGGUGUUAGCUAUGUCUUUUUGUUAAGGUGUCAAGCAAAUAUUGAAACUAAUAUCAUGGGAUGUUAACCAUUUUAUUGUAAUUAAUAAC